AGUUGCAACACGCGCUCCUUAAGCCAUCAGAGGAGGAGGGGGAAGCUACGACCGUUAUGGCGCAGAUGCGUUGAGCUGUCACUGGUUUACCGAGCAAAACCAAAACAUUACCGGGGAGACUGCGAGCCUACGCGCCGUUUAAAAAACAACAACUAGUGAAGCGUAUCUCUACACAUUAUGCUGAAUUUUAUCCAUUUCUGCCACUUCUGAGAGCCGGAGUUCGCCGAAGGGGAGUGUCGGUAUAGCGGAGUUGACAGUUAACGGCUGGGGCUCAGCUGACAUUUUUUAUUAUUUCGUAUUACUGCCGUUUGAGCACCGAAUGACUGGAAACAUCUGAAGCUAGCAGAGGCAGCCCGGUGGGAGCUACGCAUCGAUCCCUCCGCUAUUUUUGGUGAACUGUCCGAGCAGACGGAGCUAUUAAUCAGUCGAUAAGAGCUCAGCAUGGAUUCAUGAACGGUAUCUGCUUCUGAAUUUCACAUGCCCCGUUGGUUUGGUUGUUUGUAGUCGGAUAUAUUCAACAAAAAUAAUGUCAGACAACCAAAGUUGGAACUCCUCCGGCUCUGAGGAGGAUUUAGAGCCCAGAGAGGAGUAUGGACACCCUGCUGGUGUUGUAGAGUUCAGUGGAGUACUCAGUAAGUGGACAAACUACAUCCAUGGCUGGCAGGAUCGUUGGGUUGUGCUGAAGAACAACACCCUGAGCUACUACAAGUCUCAGGAUGAGACAGAGUACGGCUGUAGGGGUUCCCUCUGCCUGAGCAAAGCUGUGAUUACGCCACAUGAGUUUGAUGAGUGCCGGCUGGAUAUCAGCGUAAACGACAGCGUGUGGUACCUGCGUGCCCAAGACCCAGAGCGCAGAAACAGAUGGAUCGAGUUCAUCGAGCUGCACAGGAGUAUCAGAGAAGGGAGGAGACAGAAGGGAGGAAUCCAGGGAGCAGUAAUCAUCCCUCCAUCACUGGCUGAUUCCGGAUACGGCUCAGAGUCCAGUUUGCCGAGACAUGGCUCCAUGCUUUCUCUCACUUCAGCUGCUAGUGGCUACUCUGCCACCUCCACGUCUUCCUUCAAGAAGGGUCACAGUCUACGGGAGAAGCUGGCGGAGAUGGAGACGUUCCGAGACAUCUUGUGCAGACAGGUGGACACGCUUCAGAAGUACUUUGAUAGCUGUGCUGAUGUUUCCAAGGAUGAGCUGCAGAGAGACAAAAUUGUAGAAGACGAUGAAGACGACUUUCCCAACACCCGCACAGACGGAGAGUUUCUACACAACAACAACGGAAGCAAAGAGAAAUUAUUCCAGUCCUUGAAUACAAAGGGAAUCAAUGGAAUAGACUUUAAGGGAGAGGCCAUCACAUUCAAGGCCACCACAGCUGGGAUCUUAGCCACCCUGUCCCACUGCAUCGAUCUGAUGGUGAAGAGAGAGGACAGCUGGCAGAAGAGACUGGACAAGGAAAUGGAAAAGAGACGAAGGAUAGAGGAAAGCUAUAAAUCAGCCCUCAAUGACUUGAAGAAGAAGUCUCACUUUGGGGGUCCCGAUUAUGAGGAAGGUCCAAACAGUCUGAUCAACGAGGACGAGUUCUUCGAUGCGGUGGAAGCUGCUCUGGACAGACAGGAUAAAAUUGAAGAGCAGUCUCAGGCUGAGAAGACGAGGAUAGAGCGAUCCAGCCCUCCUCCCCCCGGAGACGUCUACUCCACCUCCGGUUCCCACAGAUUCUCCGAUAAGGUGGAGGAGAUGGUGCAGAACCACAUGACGUACUCGCUGCAGGAUGUCGGUGGAGAUGCUAAUUGGCAGCUGGUGGUAGAAGAGGGAGAAAUGAAGGUUUACCGGAGAGAGGUGGAGGAAAACGGGAUCGUAUUGGAUCCAUUAAAGGCCACCCACUCAGUGAAGGGGGUCACAGGCCAUGAAGUCUGCCACUACUUUUGGGACACAACGUACCGCAACGACUGGGAAACUACUAUUGAAAACUUUAAUGUUGUGGAGAGACUUUCAGACAACGCAGCAAUCAUCUACCAAGCACACAAGCGGGUGUGGCCUGCGUCUCAGAGGGAUGUGCUCUACCUUUCUGCCAUGAGGAAGAUUUUGGCCAACAACGAGAACGAUCCCGACACCUGGCUGGUGUGUAACUUCUCUGUGGAUCACGAUGAAGCGCAGACAAGCAGCAGAUGCGUGCGCGCCAAAAUCAACAUCGCCAUGAUCUGUCAGACCCUGGUCAGUCCACCAGAGGGAGACAAAGAGAUCAGCAGGGACAACAUCCUGUGUAAAAUCACCUAUGUUGCCAACGUGAAUCCAGGGGGCUGGGCUCCUGCCUCCGUGCUCAGGGCCGUAGCUAAGAGGGAGUACCCCAAGUUCCUCAAGCGCUUCACCACCUACGUGCAAGAAAAAACUACUGGCAAGCCCAUUUUAUUCUGAGACCCACAGGGAAGACUUCUAAGGCCUGAUCUGCAUCAGAAGGUGGGAAGGACGCUCAAUCUGCAAAACAACAAUCCCUCUGAUUAAAGAUUCAAACCCCUGUUUGAGGCUAAAAUGUAGUGUGUGUUUGUGUGUGUGUGUGCAUGUAAAACCAAAUGACAAAUGGUUAGACGUUUAAAUGAGCAGUAAAUCCCCCAGAUAUGGUCAUGUAUGUUCCUCCACAUCAGGAAGCUAACUGAACCGAAGUGGAGGGGAAAUUUGGCCUCAAAAGACGAACGGCACUAAUUCCAGGGUGGAUGUUCAUAAGAAUGAUUUAAACAUAAAAUUAUAAAAAAGAAAACCAGAGAAUUUUAAGAGAUUUGAGGAUUACAUGUUAAAAAAAAUGUUUGCAGAGAAGACUCCUCCCCCAUCAGGGGGGGAAUGGUCUUCCUGCCUUUUUCUUUAGGGCAGAUAUAUUUAAAUGUAUAGAAAGUCUGUAAGAAGUUUGUAAAAAAAAAAGAAAAAUUAAAAUCUUAGCUUUUAGAUCGAAGUAACUAUUUUUGUGCGGAUAAAUUCAUAUUUUUAGGUUGCGCGCUCUAUAUGAAGAAACGAAAGGAGACGGUUUUCAUGUGGUCUCCAGAGGGCCGUCCGUUCCACACGCAGCCCUGUGGCAAAAGCUUUAGUUUCUCUGGUGAAACCACCGACACACUGGUGCUUGAAGGAGGAACGACAUAUUAGCUGGCUGCAGAAUUAGCGAGAGCGUCAUCCACCAUGCUUCUAUCUUAAAUGUCGCGUUAAUUGUAAAUAGUUUUUUCCUGAAGAUUUGAGCUGACGGUUUGCAAAGCUUUGACCUGAGCCCAGAUGCCUUAGCGUUACAGAGAAAUGUAGCUUCAGACGGGGGUAAACGUUGCUCUUAGAGAAGUGCCUCUUGGCUGCAUUCGACCCACAUUUCAUCUUUCAGUAUUUUGAAUAAACGAACCCAUUGAGGAGUGUUUUCUUUUUUCAAAGCUCUAUAAAUGAUGCGUCAGAGUCACUUUAGUUGAUCCACUGCCUGCUCCUGUUAGUAUUCCGGUUUUUUUUCACACAAAGGUCUGCACCGACAUCUGCUGGACCAAAAGUAUUUGAAUAGGUUCUUUCUAGAAGUGUUGAAGGUUGUUCUAGAGUUGGUUUUUCUUCAGUAGCAUUUUUUUCUUUGGAAGAAUGUAAAGAUAACAGAUUUCUGUUUACAUUACUGAUUUUUAACCAUCACCUUCAUGUAUUUUGUAAAGCCUCUCUUCUAUCACAUCCUCAGCUGUUCCGCUACCUUUUAAAUGUUUUUAGGGCUUCGUCGGCCGUUUAUUCUUCAGCUUUUGAGUUCAGACGUUCCUGCUGAACGAAGCGAUUGAGAAGUUCGGCCUUGCUGCUUUUAGGCUUAAGAUCUGUUUUUCUUAAAAGCAAAUCUUUUUUGCAUAAGCUAAGUUUUUUUUUGUGUUUUGUUCAAACUGAAUGUACUUGGACUUUUUGUAAAGUUGUUCAUACUAACGCUUUGAGAUCUACCUGUAAAUGUACUGUGAUGUGGCAUCUCUUCAGCCCUGUUUUGAAAGUGAAAUAAAUAAGUUUAUCCCCUA